AUGGCAACCGCCACCGCCACCUCUUCCUCCUCGCUGACCACUCCUCUCCUCCGCCCGAACCCCAAUACCAACCCCACUCCCAGAUCUCUCCAACUCCUCAGGUUUCUGUCCUCUUCCUUCGCCUUCCUCUUCCCGCCCUCUCUGCCGGCCCUAACUUUCCAUCCGCAUCUUGCAGGAGCAGGAGGUGCGCUCGUGCCGUGA